AUGGCAGGCCUGCCAAGCUUCCCAAAUCCGAACCAGAUCUUGGAGCCUCUAUCCCAGUCCAUUGAAAGGGAGCUGCGCAUGCAGCUUCCGCGGCUGCAGGUAAAGGGGACCAAAACCGCCUGCUCGCCAAUCCAGGAAAUAGAGCCCAGUACAGAAAAGGAAGCCAUUCAACGUCCCGAGAAGGUGGAGGCUUCGCAACGCGAAAACUCACCGGAUCAAGUUAUUUUCAAGGAGAAGUUUUUUGUGUCUAAAAGCAAGAUAACGGUUUCCGUUUCUAAUAAUGUGUCUCACCAAAUGGAGAUAGCGGAGCUCCCGGAAAUGGUCUAUGAGCUCGACGGUGGCGCCCCGGAACCUCACAGGAAGCCUACAAUCUCAGAUUACCUGCCUACCUUACACAUGCCGGGGAACCUGCCUGACAAGGUGGUCCUUGCCUUUUUACGCGAAGUGGGCUCGCUUGACGAUCUUUUUCGUCUUGCCAUCAUUUCCAGACAGUUCUAUCGUGUUUUCAAAGAUCAUGAAUUAGAACUUAUCAAAGGCGCUGUCUUCACAAUGUCCCCUCCCGCGUGGGAGCUACGCGAAAUGAGCCCGCCAUGGAGUACCGAAUGGCAGAUCCUGGUGGACCCCGACAGCCCAGUCCCAGAAUACACCCCUGCUCUGUAUCUUCAGCGCUAUGCUCAAGAUAUCUAUACGCUUGCUCAACUCAAAUUGCUCAUUUUAACUCGGUGUGAAACGUUUCUGCGUCAGGAAACGAUCCGCGGUCUUACAGGCAAAGACGAUGCAUGCGCCAAGGAAAUUGAUGAUGCCCUUUGGAGAAUCUGGACGUUUUGUCGUAUUUUUGGUAGUGGGAAGAGCCGAGAGGGUGAUAUCGUGGGUCAGGUGGACUGGCUGAACGGGGGUGCUAUGGCUGUGAGCGGCCGCAAGCAUGGGGCCACGGCGUCGGUUACUGAGCCAUUCGGCAUGUAUGAUAUUCUGUUCGAACCUCCGACAGGGUUUGGGCAUGGUAACAAAGGCGGACUAUCAAACGAUCAACUGUACUAUAUGACUGAGAUGUGGACCUGCUUGGGCGUGCUCCUUCAACCAAUCCAUGGAAGAUGCAAAGAAGCCCGUGAAGCCGGCAUAUUUGCAGGUCAUCGAGUAACAGAACAGGACACUGCCAGGGCGGCAGCUGUGCUAGAGGAAUGGACGUACUAUGUUCUCACACUUGGCCCUUCAGCAGUUCUGAACAUGGCCUCGACCGGCCCCGGAGGCUGUGCGGCGACUUUGAGAAGAGCCCAGUCUAUCGGUUUGACCAAGUGGGAGUCUUCCGAGUCUGGGGUCAGUCGCUCGGCCUUUCUCAAGGAGGCGGUUUCGAAAGUCUAUAGGUCACGGUGUGAAAGCCCAUGUCAAUGGUCUCCACGAACGUCAGAGGACAGUUCCCCUUCUUCUAAUGACACCAGCUCCCCGGCAAGUGCCAAUGCAAGAGCGGCCCAGCUUCAACUAGAAAAUGAACGUCGGAGACAGGCAGCCUACGCUGACCAGCUACGAACCCAACCGAGACGGCCAAUGAACGCAGGCCCCCACUCGUUUUCAGACGAACGCCCCAUCUCCAAAUAUUCCUUCAUCAUGAGCCGCCUUGAAGGUGUGCCAUACGAGCAACGUCCACCAAUGCCUGCACCACCCACGAUGGCGUCUUACGUUGCGUAUUGUGGACCGUCGAGCAGUCAAUAUGCAGUCAAGUCCCGACCGCCCCUUGCCCCGUACCAACCACCUCAGGUCCGCGAUCCUGUGGAUCAGGCUAUUGACAUGAUGGUGCGGGAGCUGGGUUUCCAAGAAGAAGACGCCAAAUGGGCGCUGAAAGUUACCGAUAGCGGCGAAGGGAUCAACGCGAAUGCUGCCGUAUCUCUUCUUAUGAGAGAGCACCAGAAUUACCAACACAACAACAAUGUCGUUCCUAUGCGAGCAUAUCGCAGUAACAGUAUCUUAUCCUCGGUCAUCGCCAGCCCAGAAUCCAUCAAUUCUGUCUGGAGAUGGGCCUGA